AUGUCGAAACGCGCGAGACAUUACAAGUUCUUAGAAGAUAUAAAUGAUAUUGGAGAAGAGUUUUCGGAAAUCGGUGAAGGUGAAUUUUCUGAAAACGAAGAUAUAUUGGUUACAAAUAAAAAUGAGGUUGAAUCAUCAGAUACUGACGAUGAAGAGGAAAAUAUUGUAAAUAUUGGUCGUGGACAAAAAAGAACAAGAUUACUUUCAAGUUCUGAAAAAAGUGAAGUCGAAAUGAAUGAACAACAUGUUGCGAAUAAUGGAUCUGUUUGGAAAGAAAUACAAGUAGGUGGCAUACCUAGAAAGACCACCACUUUAUAA